AUGGCGCACAUCUUCCAGGCGAUGGCGCCCGCCAAGGAUGCCGACGGCCAGCAAGGGGCGGCGCCGCCCGCGCACCCCCAUCCCCAUCAUAACCAGCACUCGCCUCGGCCGGAGCGCCGCCGCACCGUCGCCGGCGAAGACGUCUUCAAGGAGCCGGCGGGCGGCGGCGAGAAGCCGCAGCAGGCGACGGUGGUGCGCACCGAGAGCCACGUGGCGCGCUUCAUCACGGCGCGCGCGCUCUUCGAGAAGCUGGGCGACGCCCCGGGGGCGGGGGCGGCGCCGGUGCAGCCGCCGGCCGCCGCCGCCAACGGCCUCCACGACGAGGGCGCGCCGUCGCCCCCGCACCCGUUCGGUUCCACGCAGGCCGCGGCAGCGCCGGCGCAGAAGUCGAAGCCGGACAAACCGGAGCGCAAGUUCAACAGCCGCGAGCUGAUCGAGAAGCAGCGCAACUGGACGUCGCACUUCUCGAGGGCGUCCGCCACAUCGCGCACCGGCCGCGCCGCUGCCCCCGCCCCCGCACACAGCCCCACGCCCACCCCGGGCGGCGGCACGCGCUCCGUCACCCCCACGUCACCGCCGCCGCGCUCGCCUGCGGGCACGCCUGUCGAGAAGCAGGAGCGCGAGGCCCAGGAGAAGGACACCGCCACCGCCGCCGCCUCAGAGCCACCGCCACGGUGUGCGUCUGCCGCCUCCACAGCCAGUUCCAGAGGCUCGAGGAAUGGAGAUCCAAGCAAGCACAGAACAACUUCCAUAUCGUCGCAGGAAGAACUUUGUUGGGAGCCAGAUUCCCCCUCGGUUUCACCAGGGCGUGGUGGUGACAGCACAAGCGAUUUGUCAGGUGAUGGCCGCAAAUCUGUUAGAGGUGAUACAAAGACUGGAGUUCUGCAGGAAGACAAAAAGGCUAAAGAACUUUCAAAUGAUAAAGAACAUUCAGAAAAGCCCAAAACAGUGGUGUCAUCGGUGCAGCUGACAUUGCAAGAUCCUAUUACUAAUUCAGUGCUGCGAGAACUGGAGUCGCAGAGCGAUGGAGGGGAAUGGCACCCCCCAGGAGGGGCACUGUACACGGAGGUUCCGAGCCCUCCGGCUGUCAUCUCCACCUGUGGCAUCACGGACCACCCAAAACCACCUGGAGUCAGCCCCUCUCAUGAGCCCUCAUCACUUCCCGACGGGAUCGACGUCACGAGUGUUACUAAGCAAGUCAGCACAGAAAACUCUACAGCAGUACCAGCUUUUGUCGAGAGCACCCAGCUGUUUGUUGAGGCUCACGAGGAAAAGUUGAUUCCUGAAGUCAGCAAGUUAACAAACAGUGUGGUGGCUUCGGGAGGUCCUGAGCUGGUGGAGCCCAGGUCUGGUACUGGUGCUGUGGAUGCCAGCCAUUUAGAGCUCCUGGGUGCACCCGAACUGAGGACAGCCAGUGCUCUGAAAUUAGAUGCUGCUGAGAAGAAUGAGCCAUCAGAGAAGGCUCUACUGUCCCCAGCAGUGCCAGCCCCAGUUGCAGUUGCAGAUACUGCUCCUAGUGAGGAGGAAGCAGACAAGGAACUGAAUGAAACCACACCUGACUCCUAUUCUGUAGAUGGGAAUCUCGUGUCCACAAGGCACAUCAGCUCGACAGACCAGCAGUUGCCACAAUGUCUUGCUGCUAGUGAACCAUCUGGACCACAGACUGGAGAAGUAGCUGAAGAGUUAACUCCUGCCCCACAGCAGCUGUCAGUAUUAUCUGAAGGUGAUGUAAUUGUGCCCUCGGAGGAUGUUAGUGAGCGUGUUCCUAGCCCAGUGACAAUGUGUGCAAACAGUGAAAGUGCACAUCAAGUAGUUCAGUCAUCGAAUGCCGUGGACGCUAAUGUGAUUAGUGAAACGUCAGAAGGAAAGUUGGAAAGCAGUAUUUUGGACCUUCAAGAUGUUGAAUUUGCUGACGCAGAUGCCGAGGAUGGAGAUGAUGAAGCUGAACGUGAAGAGGACAAAAAAAGGCAAAAAGACGUUUGUGCUACAAGCUCGGAUCAACAGCAGCAUCCUCAGGUUAGUGAUUCUGCCAAAAGCCACAAGCAGAUGCCCGAGGAGAAGGAUAAUGACAAGAAGGAAUCAGGGAUGCCAGAUGCAAUGACACCUGAUGAAGCAGAACAUCUUCUCAGUACUAAAAUUCUGGAAAAGAAAAUUCGACAAGAAGGUUUGCUGUCAGAUGAGGAGGCCCAGGAAGUGGUGCGAUUACUUUCUCCGACGGAUGACAAAGACCGUGAAGACCCAGAGUGGCUGGCAGAUGUGCUGUCAGUCACAAGUGACUCCACGGCCCAGGAAUCAACACUUGAUUACAGUUCUUGCCUCGGAGGUCAGCACAGGUCUCGCAGUGAUACCAGUGUAACGAUGGAAGACUCAAUGACGUCGAGUCACAUUGGGUCCCAAUCAGGCUCUGAGUCUGGUUUGUUGGGCUCUGUAAGCAGUCUGAACGAUGUUGAUGUAGUUGAAGCAAAUGACUUGGAUUACAAGCCAGCACCUGGGAAAGUGAUUCUUAUUGAGAAUGGUGUUCACUACUUUGAAGAUGGGCACUUCUGGAUGGAAGUUCCGGGACUUCCAGAAUCAGAUGAAGAUGAGGACAUGGAAUAUCGAAUACCAAUUAAGAGAAAGAGUACAAAAGUUACCUUCAGCACUGAGCCUAUAAGGGUGUACAGCACAUUUUCAGUGACAGAUUAUGAUCGCCGUAAUGAGGAUGUCGAUCCAGUGGCAGCAUCUGCAGAGUACGAGUUAGAGAAGAGAGUGGAAAAAAUGGAUGUAUUUCCUGUGGAAUUGACCAAAGGACCUGAAGGACUUGGUCUCAGCAUCAUAGGGAUGGGCGUGGGAGCAGACGCCGGUCUGGAGAAACUUGGCAUAUUUGUCAAGACAAUUACAGAGAAUGGUGCUGCAGCUAGAGAUGGCCGCAUACAGGUGAAUGAUCAGAUAAUUGAAGUGGAUGGAAAGUCUCUGGUUGGCGUUACACAAGCUUACGCUGCUUCUGUGUUGAGGAACACUAGUGGCCUUGUCAAAUUCCAGAUUGGCCGAGAGAAAGACCCGCAGAACAGUGAGGUGGCACAGCUCAUAAAACAGUCAUUACAGGCUGACCGUGAAAGGGAGGAGGCACGCCGUCAGAUGGAGCUGCAGCACCAGCAACAGCAACGGGCGACAUUAGGAGGUGGUGCCACUUCUCCAGAGGACAGCAGCAGUGUCACGCUGCCACUUGUCGGCAGCACUGCUGUCUCCCCCACCCCAUCCUCAUCUCCGGAAGGUCCCGCCUCGCCGCCAACUACUGCGUCGGACACUACUCUGGAGACAGAAACUCCAAAGUCACCGGGUGUUACAACUGCUACCGAUUUGGAAACACUCCGCUCUCUUCUCCACGAGAGUCAGUGUAAGCUAGCUGUAGUAGAUGGUGAUGUUGCAAGAUUCAGAUCAAAACUUGUUGAAAUGGAGCAGAAUGGUGUGGAUAAUGAGGAAUUUUUGGAGCGACUCCGCCACUCCACAGCACGUCUUAGAGAGACAGACAGGAAUCUCCUGGCAGCCAAAAAAGAAAUCGCAAACAUGCAGGAAAUGCUUUCACAGUCACAGGCUCAGUAUGCAGCUUUAGAGAAGAAGUAUGCAAAGGCUAAGAGACUUUUGAGGGAAUUCACCCAGCGUGAAGCAGACAUGAUCCAUCGAGAAGAGUUCUACCUUCAGCUUCUGCAAGAGAAGGACACAGAGUACAAUGCUCUCGUCAAGAGCCUGAAAGAUCGGGUUAUUCAAUUAGAACAAGAAUUAUUGGAGACACAGCGAAAAGCAGGAUUACCAGCAGUCUUACCAUAUGACAGCACAAGUUUGCGGCCUCUAACACCUCAGCUGACACGCAGACAACAGGCACCUCCUGUGAAGCCACUGUUGCAGCAGUUAGAAGCAGAGCUGUCAGAUACCGAGAUAUCUGAUAUCAGCCCUGAGGAUGGGGAUAAGACUGCUACUGUUGAGAGAAAGAUGCCUGUGAAGGAGGAACUGGACCGCGCAGUCCCACCGCACGAGCUGUUGGAUGUAUCAGUGGUGAAAUCCAAAGCAGAGCUGGCAGCACGCGGUGGCCUCGCAGGGCGACAGUUGCCCUCGGGCAAGAAGGCUCUCAGCUCGAGUGGCUCGGAUUAUGGGUUGGAUGAUAGUUGUGACAACUCAGAUGAAGAUGAUCAGACAGGAAGACCUUUGUAUAUAGAGUAUGUGGGUCAGCAACAAGAGCAGCAGCAGCAAAAUGGGAUAGAUAACCAUUUGGCUCAGCAGCAACAACACGUCCAUCAGCAGCAGCAGCUCAUUCAGCAGCAGCAGCAGCAGCAGCAACAACAACAACAACAACAACAACAACAACAACCUCAGCUGAUGGCAACUCGUCCGAGCACCCUUUCCUCUCCGGGGCAAAUGUACGGAACAAAUCAUGUCGUGCCAGCUACAUCACAUGUUCACUCACUGGUCUCUCAGUUCUCCUCUGUGCAACAGCAACAACAGCAACAAACACAACAGCAGCAGCUGGCGCAGUCCCACAUCAGCACCGCCCCCCACAUGUCGAAGUUCCGACCGCACUACCCCGUGACAUCCCCGCAGGGUGGCCAGCCGUACCCGGUGGCACCCUCUGCGAGGCACACGCACCCUCCACCGCUGGGCGGCCCACCCCGCUACACUGCACCCCCAGCUGCCGGACCCGUGAGGGGACUGGUGGGCCCACCACCGUCUCUGGCCGAGCAGCUCAAGAGAGUGCUGGCAGAGCGGGAGAGGCGCAUUUCUGGUGGCGACAGGCAGGCGUCCGGAUCUGGGUCUGGCUCUGGUUCUGGAUCCGGUUCCAGAGAGAGUUCAGGGGAGUUUGGGGAUACAGUACGAGAUGCUUCCUCUGCACAGAAUCUUGCCGAAGAAAUCAGGCAAGCAGUGAAUGAAGCCAAUGCCAGAGUGAAGAAGGUGAUGGGCAGCCAAAGCCAGAGCCUGGCACCAUCACCCGGCGUGCUGUGGCAGCAGCAGCAGCAGCAGCAGCAGCAGCAAGUCUCGCCGCUCCGCGAGGGUGAGCCCCCGUCCCCGUCCUCUCUCUCCUCCUCUGGCAGCGUAUCACCUGCAGUGGAGCCCAGUCCGAGCAAACCUGCAACUUCAGAUGUCGAAGCUUGGACACCGCCUCACCCACAAGAUAUGGGUUCGUCAUUUUCUUCUGAGAAGAAAUCUUCACACUUCUGGCAGAGCGCUCCUGUUACAGAGUGGUCAAAGGAACAAGUCUGCCAGUGGCUGCUGGCUCUCAGCCUGGAGCAGCACAUUCCAAAGUUCCUCGAGAUGCAAGUGGGAGGUGCCACGCUGCUGCAGCUGGAAUCGAGGGACUUCAAGCAGCUUGGCGUGAACGGAGAGGACAAGAACCGCCUGAAGCGGAAACUGAAGGAGCUGCGGGUUCAGGUGGAGAAGGAGCGCAGGCAGCAGGAGAAAGAGCGCAAGGAGAGGGAGCGCCUGCAGCGCAAAGCUGAGAAGAUGGCGGAGAAAGCUAGUCGACGCAAAUAGUCUGUGCGUGCAGAUCGGCAGUUGAUUUGCAAGUGGGAAAUAAGUUUGGAACGUUGUACUCGUUAUGAAGUGUGUCCUUGCUGGUGCAUACUCGUGACAAAAUAAUUUAUUUAUAUGACAUGUAUUGUUACCAACUGAUUUGGACAAGUGGUACCCUGGGUAUUUGUUUAUACCUGUUGGUCCCAAUCAAUAAAGCCCAAGAAUUCUUGUAUGGGCAUUAGCUGUUGAAUAUAGUGAUCAUUUAAAAAAAAAAAAAAAAAGAAAAGAAAUACACCCAUAGCAAUUCUUUAGUCACUCUGCAGCAGGUGUCUGUAGCUCUGAGUGAUUCUGUAAGUAAUCUUCACAUGGGAAAGUUCUGAUGUAAAGAUAGUAUCGGCUUGGACAUGUUGUCCCUUGCAUAUUUACAAGUAAGUGACUUUGCAAGUUCAAGCCGAACUACAGAAAACUGUGAUUUAGUGACGAAUCGGUGAUUUUUAAAAAUAAAAUUACUGAUGCUCAUAUUGCAUUUCAGCUAAGUGUUGUAUGGAUAUUUGUAUGUCAUGUAUUUUAUACGUUUUUUUGUCUUUUUCAGUAUUUUGAUGUGGCAGCUUGAAUCAGAUAUUGGCAUUUUUGUUGUCUCUGUUGUACAUAAGUUUAUUAUUUACAAAACAUGAAAUGUAUCAUAAGAGUAAAAUAGGAUAGUUGUCAGCGGUGUGUGGACAUUGGACGUCUGUGAGGUGCAGAGGACUUACUCUCAGGAAAGUGAAUUGCUGACCUCCAUCAGAAUGUUUGUUUCCUGAUUGUGUGGCAGCAAAAGGAAAAAAUAAAACAACAUAAGAAGAUGAAAAUUAAAGUACUUCUCAUUGUUCCUCUUGAUGAUCCAAAUUUUGAUGGGUCAUUACUCUGUAUUUACAGUUUUAAAGAUACAACCUCUGGAACUGACCAGUAUUUAGCACAAGGAUGUGUUAGUUAUAGUGAAGUACAGUAUACGCAUUGGUGGCAAUAUUUCUUGAUCUCUUAUGUCCAGUAUGAAAUGUGACUUGUAAUUUUUCUUAUUACUGUUUUAUUUUGUCUGCAGAUAUUUGAAUAGAUCAUCUGUGAGAUCCACAUUCUUUUUAUGCUACCUAAUUAAUACUGGACAUAGUAACUGCAAAAUGUGUCACAGAAAGAUUGCAUAAUUUAUAAAUCAGGAAAUUUCUGUGAGAACCUUAUUUAUAAUUAUCUUUCUGGAAACAGUAAUUUCCAGCUAAUAUUUUUUUUGCGGUUUAUGCCUCUGAGAGCUUCAUUUUAUUAUUUUUAAGUUUUCAUUGUUAAUAACAGAGACAUUUACUGUUCAGAAAUCUUUUGCCGAGCAUUACUUAAUCUCGUAAUGGUACUAAGUACUUGGAAACUUACUUCUUUGAGGAUAUUUUAAUUCUGUCUCGGCUGUUACAAGUUACAACACUUAAGGAAGUGUGUCUAUCAGAUAUUGUCACAUUUUUCUGUCUUUUGUACCUUGUUGAAAUGUAAUGUAAUAAGUGCAUAGUGGACUGAAGUUAGUGAGCAUAAGUAUUAUAGAAAUAAGAAAUACUGGCACAGAGAUCCUGUUGCAUGCUUUCCGUAAUAUUUUUGUACAUGUCAUUUUGGAGCAAGCAGAUGCAUUUUGUACUGGUUUAAGAUAAAUUGCUGAAAUAAUCAGUUUUUAGGAAAGUGCCUCGAGAGAUAUUAUUUCACACUGAGAGAGAGGCCAUACACAGUGGCUUGUGACUGCAGUUUGUAUUUUGGUAUUUAUAAUUGUGAGCACAUUUAUUUUAAUCUGCAGUUAUGUAGCAAACUGUGGUUUCUCUGUAUGCAUUUGUCAUUGACAGAUUUUGUACUUGUAGUUUUUGAAGUUUAUUUGCGCUGUAAUUUUUGGUAAUAAUUCUUCAUAAGUGGAAGAUAAUGUCCUGGUGCAAAAAAAUUAUGGCCAAUUUUUAUAGAGAUAAUCUUGUUUAAUCUCAGGUUUGUGGCAAGGGUUAUUUCACUCUUACCUGGAAAUUAUGUCCACAUUCAGCUGCAGUAACUUUCUGUCCUAAUAAACUGCUCCUUGUCAAA